CUAUCGACACCGUUAGUCACAGAUACCCGUACUGUAUAGUGUGGACUCCCAUCCCAUUCAUCACAUGGUUGGUGCCAGUGAUCGGUCAUAUGGGCAUCUGUACGGCCAAUGGUGUGGUCCGGGACUUCGCCGGACCUUAUUAUGUGUCUCAGGACGACAUGGCUUUCGGAUGGCCCACCAAAUACUGGCAGUUGAGUCCACACCUGGUCUCCAGUGGACACCAUUGGGACGAUAGUGUCAAACAGGCUUCCGAUGAGUACAUGACAAGAAUGCACAAGUUAUGCUGUGAUAACUGUCACUCACACGUGUCAAUGGCGCUCAACCUCAUGAGAUAUAACGGCAAAAGUAAUUACAAUAUGGUGUCCACAUUCUUCCUCUUCACCAUUCACUCCAAAUACAUCGGUUUGUGGUCAUUCCUCAAGACUUGGAUCCCUUUCGUUGUCUUCAUUUUAAUAAUUAUUCUUUUGAUUGUAUUUUUGUAGUGAAUUUACUGUAUAUUUAUUUAUUUGAGAUUAGUUUUAUUGUUUACUUUAAAUAAUUUAUUUCGCAAACCACUUGUCAUUGAAUUUGUUUUUCCCAUCAUUUUUAUCGAGACAACAAAACGUGUAAAAUGUGUAUAAAAUGUAUUUGAAUGUAAAUCAGAUCCCAUUU